GUUGAUUGAGUGUUAGCUAGCAACUUCAAAAUUGAAACCUAUGGUGUGUUUAGUUUUUCAUUAUAGCAAUGUGAUUACAAUCUAAUCAAAUCAACGUUAAUUACUUCAUUUUUGUUCAUUGUAAUUCUUUUUUUAUGUACUUAAAAUAAUUUUUUCGCUCUUCGUAAUAUUUCCUGUUAAAUUUACCACCAUGAACACAAAGCAAAAAUUAAUUCUUCCUCCUGGCCUGGAAUCCCAUGCAAACAAACCUAACGAUGUUAACUGCAAUGAGAAUAAUUACGAUAACUCUUCAAAUAAUGCGAUCGAUUCUUUUGGAGGCAACAAUUCAGAGAGUGAAGAUGAGGAGUAUGCUGAUCCACUAGAAUACUCUACAAGGGAAAUUGAUGAAGAACAAGAUAAAUUGGAGAAUGAUAUUCCAUCGGAAGAUAACGAAAAAGCAAACAUUGAUAUGUCAAUCAGUGAAAUUGCCUUAUUGCCUGACAAUGAUUCAGCUAAUUCAAUAAAUGGUAUAUUCUCGUCAAAAGAUGUAUGUAAAGAAUUGAAUUUAGAUGAAAAAGAUUUAUCGCCUCUUCCUUUGGAUCCAAGACGACGCACAAGAAUUCUCGAUAGACCUAACCAAAGUCUCAAUUUGUGGUCUUUUUUGAAGAAAUGUAUCGGAAAAGAGCUGACAAAAAUCCCAAUGCCUGUUAAUUUCAAUGAACCUUUAUCAAUGUUACAAAGAUUAACUGAAGAUUUUGAAUAUGCUCAUCUACUUCACAAAGCAGCAACAACCGAUGAUAGCUGUAAUCAAUUAGUGUACAUUGCAGCAUUUUGCGUGUCUAGCUAUUCGACUACAAACGUCAGACUUAAUAAACCUUUUAAUCCAUUAUUAGGAGAGACAUAUGAAUGUGAUAGAACAUCUGAUUUAGGAUGGAAAAGUAUUGCUGAACAGGUAAGUCAUCAUCCACCAAUGUUAGCAUUACAUUGUGAAGGUAAAGGUUGGAAAUGUUGGAGUGAAUUUGGAUUGUCAAGCAAAUUUAGAGGAAAAUAUUUACAAGUUAAUCCAGUUGAUAUCAGCCAUCUAGAGUUUCCAGAUCAAGGUUACCAUUACACAUGGCAUAAAGUAACCACAACGAUUCAUAAUAUAAUUGUUGGUAAACUUUGGGUCGAUAAUCAUGGCGAUAUGGUAAUUACAAAUCAUACAACUGGUGAUCGAUGCAUUCUUAAAUUCGUACCUUAUAGUUACUUUUCACGAGAUGUCCAGCGAAAGGUAACUGGUAAAAUUAUUGACUCUAAAGGAGAAACUAAAUGGAUCCUCCAAGGUAUUUGGGAUGAUCAUCUUGAGGUUGCUCGUGUAAUGAACAAGCGAAGGUCCUCUAAAGGAAAAUCAGUUUACGAAACAUCAGUGUUUAAAAAAAUCUGGGAAAGAGUUUAUCCUCCACCAGAACAUGAGAAAAUGUAUAACAUGACUUUACUUGCUGUGCAAUUAAAUGAACCCGAGGAUGGAGUUGCCCCAACAGAUAGUCGUCUAAGACCCGAUCAACGAUUAAUGGAAGACGGUAAAUGGGAUGAAGCAAAUCAAAUCAAAGGGCUUUUGGAAGAAAAACAGAGAAAAGUUCGAAGAAAAAGAGAGGAAGAAGCUGCUAAUCUAGAUGCUGAUGUAGCUUAUUCACCAACAUGGUUUAAACGUCAAACUGAUCCAAUCACUAAUAAUCCUGUUCAUAUUUAUGCCGGGGACUAUUGGCAAUGUAAACAAAAUCUGGACUGGUCAAAAUGUCCAGAGAUAUUCAAUGUUGAUAAAGAAAUUGGCUCAAAGUCUUCAAAAAGAAGAGAAUGAAACUUUUAAAACUUAGCCUUAAGUCAAGCUUGUGUGUGAAUCUAACUUAUUGAUGGCUGAUUAGCUAGCCUUGAAAAUUCAAUUCAAGACUUUUGAUUUCCACUUCCCUCUUCGUUCAUUUGUUUACAUUUUAAAAUUGAAAUUCACAAUCAUCGAAUAGUUUUAUAUCUCAUUGCUCAGAUCCGCUGUUGCUCUUAGUAACUCGAAUCAUUACCAGAGUCAGCUUUUAAUAUUCCAUCAAUUUUUCGAUAAUCAAUUGAAAAAAAAUCUGCCAAUUUUCAUCGAUUGUAAGUCAACAAAAGAAAAACAUGUUUCUAGUUGAUUUUAACAUAAAGCAAAGACAAGAAUAUGCCUUUAGAUAUUCUUGCAUUUUAUUUGUUGACCAAUUUGUUCUUAUUACUUUUAAAAGAUUAUUUUUAUUCUGUGUAUUCUUGUGUAUAAAGAUGUAUUCUGUAUUAUUGUAUAGUUGAUAAAUGUUAUUUAACCCAACUGAAACCCUCGCUGGUUAAAUUGGACCAAUAAUCAUGGCGGUUACGAAGGAGUUUAUGCAAAAAAGCUUCUUUUCAAGUUAAGAGUUGGGACUUUGUAGCUUUGUAGGCACAUAAAAACUGAUUUCAAUAGUGCUAUUAAAAAAUUUCU